CCUUUUUGGUAUUUGGAGACUUGGAAGGAAAAGAAAAACAAAAAAAUAAAAAAACAAAGAAGGAAAUAAAAUACCCUCUUGAAUUCUCAUUUGUUUUAGUUGAACCAAACAGAGCAUAGAAAUAAAACUCAAAUCUUUCUUUCUCAUACAUACAGAGAGAGAUGGAAGAGGAAGGAGUGAAGUCAAGGUUCAAAAGCGUUUGUGUGUUUUGUGGAAGUAGUAUUGGGAAGAGAAACAGCUACAGAGACGCUGCUCUUGAAUUGGGCCAAGAACUGGUCUCCAGAAAGUUGGAUCUGGUUUAUGGAGGUGGAAGUGCUGGGUUAAUGGGUUUGAUCUCUCAGGAAGUUCAUCGCCAUGGAAGACAUGUUCUUGGAAUCAUCCCCAAAACUCUCAUGUCCAAAGAGAUUACUGGUGAAACAGUGGGAGAGGUAAGAGCUGUAGCCAACAUGCAUCAAAGGAAAGCUGAGAUGGCCCGCCAUUCUGACUGUUUCAUUGCCCUACCAGGCGGGUAUGGAACACUGGAAGAGUUGUUAGAAGUCAUUACAUGGGCCCAGCUGGGUAUUCACGACAAGCCAGUGGGUUUGCUAAAUGUGGAUGGUUACUACAACUACCUUCUCACCUUCAUCGACCAAGCAGUGGAUGAUGGAUUCAUAAAACCCUCUCAGCGUCACAUUAUCGUCUCUGCACCAAACGCUAGAGAACUUGUUCAAAAACUUGAGGACUACGUGCCUGUGCACGAUGGAGUGGUGGCGAAGGUACGGUGGGAGGUUGAGCAAGUGGAACUUAACGCAUCCUUACAGUCAGAAAUAGCUCGUUAGAGAGAGAAAGAAAGUCAGAGAGAGAGAGAGAGAGAGAGGGAGAGAGAGAGAGUAUUUUGUUGCAAAUUGUAAUUAGAGUUUCUACUUUGUCCCUGUUUAUUCUUUUGUCGUAAAGCACAGGGAAGGCCAUUAAAAAAAAAAAAAAAAAGGGAAGGAAGUGGUAGCUAAUUUGUGUGGAAAGAAAAUGAAAUCUGUAAUUUUCUUUCUUGUAUAUAUUAUUUAGAAUUGGAGAAAAAAAAUAAAAAUGAAAAAUACAGCAGCAUUUCACCA